CCACUGGCUCUGUCUCCGUCUCCAUGGUGAAGUGGGCGGGGUCUGAUGUCAGCCCCUCCCUCUGGUCUUGUCGACACUCCUGCCAUGCCGACCAUGGUUUCUAGGCUGCCCAAGUUCGGUUCGCGGCCCAAAUCCAUCACAGCCUCCAAUGGUGCUCCGACUAUCCCGACUGCGAACGCCAUCAUCAGCGCUGUUGCGACCAGCACCCACCUCACCAACGGGUUCUACCAUCAUCCUGGCCCGAUGGGGGUCAAUGGUAGUGUAACAGCGCCCCCCUCUGCUGUCAAGAAGAAUGGAUUCAUAAGAGUGCCGACUUCGUUUUCCAUGAAAUGGAGGAAGGACAACAGCAUAACAGAGGAUGGCGGCACGUAUGCAGAGGGGGAAUGGAAAAAAGGAACAGGCGGGAAUGUUGGGCAGAAUCGCUCCGGCAACAACAUCCAUCAGUAUUAUUACCAACGGCAGCAGGGAUCACCAAUGGUGUCACAGAGAGACGCCAAAAAGUCGACCACAUCCUCUGCAGGAAAAGUGCGUGGUUAUAGUCCACCUGCGACAUCGUCGUCGUCCCCGGCACCACAGUCCAGCCCAAGAACACUUCCUGUUUCUAAACUUGGAUCUCCCGGUUCCAAACUGAGCCAGAUUACAUCCAGGAUGACCAACGAGACGAAACGGGCUACAAAUGGUCUCGCCGAAUCUCGACCUCGGACUGUAUCCAAUAGUUCUCUGAGACAGCCUCACAGUUUUGCUCGUCCUGGUUCUGGUCCCGGUUCUCGAUCCGGUUCCCCCUUCCAGAAGAAACCGCCGGCCAGCCGCUCAUACUCCAGCGACAGCCUACGCGCCGCUCAGCCUGUCCAGCUGUCUGAAAACGACCGGUUUCGGUCGCGUAGCCUCACCCAGGUCAGACAGCAGCCCUUACCCAUCCUCACCCGUUCUUACUCCAAUAAGAAAACUGCUGAGCGAGGCCUAAAAGAAUCAACCACUGCCGCCUCUCUGGCUCCACCUAGAGGCAGUUUGGUAAAAUCACCUGUUAUUAGCCAGACUCCAGAGGGAGGAGGGGGAGGGGUCAAAGCUUCUGGGAGGUCAGGGGUCAGCAUCCCCUCCCUCCUACCCCCCUCUGCCUUAAAGAAACCCCUCCUCCCCAGCCUUGGCCCCGCCUCCAAACCCAGUGGCAUAAGCUACAAGCUGUCACGCCCAUCACUCAUCAAGCAGCCCCGCCCCCUACGGGUGACCCCAGCCAGUGUGUCAGGAGGUGAGCAGGAAGUGAACCCAGGACUGAAGUCUACGUCAGAAAACAGCCCAGAAAGAAGCCCAGAGGCUCCAGAGCCAGAGGGGCUGUCGACGGAGCCUCUAUUCCAGACAGAGGUGUCGAUUGUGGCGGAGACACUGGAGGACAUGUCCCUGUCUUCAGCGUCAUCUCUGGACAGAAACGACACCAGUCAGGAGUAUAUGGACGACUUCGACAACCUUGGAAAUGGAGGAGUUGGUUUGAUGCUCCUUUCCUCCAAAAACGAUGAAGAUGACUCGGGGCUCGACCAAUCAUGUGCCAGGUUUGACGAGGACAAGGCGGCUGUUAACGGAGUCACUAAGGCAACGGGUCUGUGUUUUCUGGAGGACGGUGUGGACUGGGCGGGCGUGAGGUUAAGUGGUGAUCGAGCGCAGCAUCGUUUGACCGAGCUCUCACGCAGGAGAAGGUCGAGUCAGCCGGAUUAUCACGAGCAGGGUGGUUCGUCCCUGGAUCUCUCACCCUCUGACAGCUGUGGGUCGGGGGGCACCUACAUGUGGGACGAGGAGGGUCUGGAGCCCCUGGGAGGCUCCGUCACCUCCGCUUCCAUCAACACCAACAGCAACACCACCCACCACAUCGGGAGCUUCGACUCAGACGUCAACAGCAUCAUCCCAGUUUGUCUCAUAUUCAGUUUG